CUGCGGCUGGUUCCUCAUCCGAACCGCUCUGGCCCCCAAGCUACUUUGCCCUUGGCCUUCCUGAUUAUUUACGGUUAUACCGUUCAGGUUAUGAUAGCUGCCGGUGACCGGGAACCUGAGAGCCGAAGCUCUUCCCCAGCUCUCGGAUUCCCUCGCCUCAGGUUCUUUCGAUACCGGCGUUUGAGGUAGCCGGAUAGACACAAGGUAAAAAGAAACACAAGAAAAUUCCAAUUUGGGCCAUUUGUAUUUAUUAUUUACGUAGGAUGCCGACUUCGAAGAGUCACCGGAGAGUACCGGAGGAGAAGAAUCGGAGGGGAAGACUAACUCACAAAUCGUCGUCGUUUCACGGACAGAAUACGAUUGCUAUGGCAGCGGAGCUUCGGCGGCCGAAGACGCUGCCGGAAUUGCUCUCCUCUAAGAACGUGGUGGGAACGACGUCGCCGGAGGGACGCCCAAAGCUGACGAAGUUGCUGCUGAACGUGACGAUCCAGGGGAGCCUCGGGCCCGUACAGGUGGUGAUGACGCCGGAAUCGAUGGUAUCCGAUCUGAUCGCCACGGCUGUGCGGCUUUACGCGAAGGAAGGCCGCCGGCCAAUCUUGCCGACCACCGACCCCUCCCUGUUCGACCUCCAUUACUCGCAGUUCAGCUUAGAAAGCUUGGAUAGGGAGGAGAAUCUGAUGGCACUGGGAUCGAGGAACUUUUUCCUGUGCCCUAGAAAGCCUGCGGUGGACGGUGGCACAACGACGCCGUCUUCAACGUGUUCAAAACAGGCUGAGAAAGCUUCCAAAAGCGGCGGCUUUGCUUGGCUCAAGUUCAUGGAUUUCUUGCUGUAGACUACUAGACUCUAGCUGGGUGGUGGCCUACUACCACAUUCUUGUUCUUUAAAGUUUGGUCGGUUUGUAAUUAUGUCUGGUUUUUCUUUUUUAGAUUUUUUGAACAUUUUCAUAGCAUGCAAAAUUGCAAUCCAAUCAUAAAUCGAUUAGAAUAUUGUACAGUUAAACUUGGUCCCAUUCUAUUUCUACCCGUUGUCCAUCGCUAGUGGGGAUAGGAUUGAUUGAUUUGGAUUUACACUUUUUCACAUCCUGUAAUAAUGCGAAGACAAACUUCAAUUGCCUGCU